AUGGCCGCUCCGGCGUCCUCUGCGACGCUGCCUUCGGUGCUGCAGCUGACGGCGAACACCAGUGCGGGUGGCAAGCGUCCAUCGCGUGCCGUCACGAUGCCGGCGCUCAAGCAGGCCGCCAAGGCGGCCGCAGCGGCCCCGUCACCUUCUCCGUCCUUUCAUGUCUUCGCCGACCUCCCCGACCACCUCCUCUGCUCCCCAGACAACUCGGUGUGGGUGUACGCGCAGCACACGUUGUCUUUCCUCACCUCCGAGGCAGCCGCGCAGGCAAAGCUGGGUCGGAAAGUGCAGCGCAUGAUGCGGGAGGCGCAGCGGCAGUACGACAUCAGCUGCGCCUUCUUUCACUCGAUGUCGAGCGACGAACAGAUGGCAGAGGUCCUGCGCGUAGGCAGCGGUGGCGGGGCGCUGUCGCUACCUCCGGCCAUGACGGCGGCGACGGGGACACCCGCCAAGAGCGACCGGAAACGGCUGACAGGUGUGCACCGCGCGUUGCGAGACGCGUGGCCGACGUGGCGCGGACCCAACAUGAGCGACGCCGCCAACAGUCUCACCGCGCGUGAGGUGGGGGGCGCCGGUGAGAGCGAAUCGUCAGAGAACCGUUACUCGGCCGGACUCCGCGUGAACAUCGUCCUUGACAUUGUUGCAUCUCGCAAGACCCUCCGCACCGUGCCGCUGCGCAGCCGGCCGUACCGCCUCGCCGAGUACCUGUACCAGCUCGUCAUGCAGCCUUCGGCCACGCAGCGGGCAACAGCAGCACCAGCGCUGGGAGACAUGGCGUCGCAUGUGCGCUCGCUCAUUAUCGGCAUCAGUGACGCGGACACAACUCUUGUCGGCUGCCACAUUGUGUGUCCGUAUCGCCACCUGACGUCCCCUACGCCAAUGAUGAUGCGAUUGCGUCGCGCGAUCGAGGGGGCAGCGGAUCAGGAACGAGCCCGCGCUCUCGCCGCUGCCGAAGCUGCCAACACCACCGUGAGUGGUCUCGAUACACAAUGGCAGGCGUCAUCAGCAGCAGCGGCAGCGGAGGCUGCUGCCAGCGACGCCGCCCCCUCCCCGCUACGCAGCUUGGUAGCCAGUCAUCUGGCACACUACCGCCGCGUCGAUGCGUUGUUUCCCGCACCAUACGUCCGAGUGCCGCCGCAGUCGCUGGAGCAGAUCGAUCAGAAUCGGCUCAUUCUCUGCACACCCGGCAAGUUGCUGGACGGCUGA